AUGUCCCCAGCUUCAUCUUUGCGGAAGCCACUCUUCUACCUUGCUCUUUGGCACGCAGCCUUCUAUUUUGGCACAUAUUUUCUCCAGUCCCAGCCCGUCCAUUCAUCUGAAAUCAAGGACGACCACGCUCUUAACCCCGAGGACGACGACCGGUCCCAGUCGGACUCCUCGAGCGACGGCGUCCACGAGUUCAGCACUCGGGCCUGGUUCCUCGAGAACCCGGAGCCACCACGCCGAGCAGAGCUCCAGAUUGCCCUGGAUGGCUUCCACGAAGCCAUCUCAGCAAUACGGCCUAACCAGCUGCAGCAAUCGACCUUGGACCCGGCCCGUGUAGAAGCUGCCCGCCGCGGGGCCGUAAAUAUCUUCGCCCAGGACCAAUCAUCUCUAGAGCGCGCCGAAACUCUGCGCAUGGCUCAAGCCCACCACGGACAAUACUGGUGGAUCCCGUUUUGGGCCGUCCUGUACGAAGAGCAACUCGUACCGCAUGUAGUCCAGCGGAUGCUGCCUACCUACGCUGCGUCAAGCGGUUGA